AUGCUUAGUACAGUGCAAGCGUCACUUGGUUUUACAGACUUGGCCGUACCGGAUUGUUUUGGAGACCCAGAUGUUGAGUAUUUCCGAUCCGUCUUACCAGAGCGCAUCAUGGUUUAUAUACUGCUAGUGGCAAUUCAGAAUACUCCUGUUUCUUUCUCUGUCAGCCUCGCGGAGUGA